CGCAAUAACGACAUCAGUUUGAAAAUAUAAACAGUGUUGUUUAAGUAAACAAGAAAAAUUUUAAUAUUUCGAUAGUGAAAAACGUUUAUUUUUCGACUUGUGUUGAAAAGUGAAAAAAUCGUUUUGAAAAAUGUCUCUUAUUCCUUUUGAUAACUGGAAUCCCAAACCAUUUUUGUUUGAUCCAAAUUGGGACCGGGAGUUCUUCAUGCCUCUAAUGUUGCCACCGAGAAAUUUGAUGUCAUUUCCGGAAAACUUUGGAAACUUUUCCACAGAUUUAUCUGAUGAUGUAUUCUACGAUAAAAACAGAUUUCAAGUAAACGUUUACGUUCAGCAUUUUAAACCUGAUGAGAUCCAAGUGAAGUUUGCUGAUAACACAGUUACCGUUGAAGCAGAACAUGAAGAAAAACAAGAUGAGCAUGGUCAAAUUUACAGACAUUUUGUGAGAAAAUACACGAUCCCGGAGUCCUAUGACGUCAAGCAGUUGCAGUCGAAGUUGUCUUCGGAUGGAGUGUUGACCAUAAGUGCGCCAAAAGCUGGGGAUGAAUUGGAGUAUAGAACCAUCCCUGUUAUCCAGACAAAUAAACCUGUUAAACAACUGAAACAAAAAAAGGAAAAGAAGAUGCCUAUUGAGAAAUCUAAAAUGUAAUCUUUUUUAUUAGUUGGUAUAAUUUUCACAGAUUUUUUACGUUUUUGUAUUUUUGGGUACCUAUAAUGGUAAAAAUAUAAGACUGUAUUAUGUAAGUUUAAUGUUUAAUUUCGUUUAUUUUUUUUUAAUAAAAACCGUUUCUCAUUU